AUGAGUCCUGGAUGCAUGCUGCUGUUUGUGUUUGGCUUUGUUGGCGGGGCGGUGGUCAUUAAUUCUGCUAUCUUAGUAUCUCUCUCUGUUUUGCUGCUUGUGCACUUUUCUAUUUCUACCGGUGUGCCAGCUCUGACGCAGAACCUACCAAGGAUACUCAGAAAAGAACGUCCUAUAUCAUUAGGGAUUUUCCCAUUACCUGCUGGAGACGGAUUGCUUACACCAGAUACUCAGAAAGGCGGAGAGACCCCUGGAUCAGAGCAAUGGAAAUUUCAGGAUUUAAGUCAACCACGUUCUCAUGCCAGCCUGAAGGAUGAACUUUCUGAUGUUAGCCAAGGAGGAUCUAAAGCUACCACUCCAGCAUCAACAGCUGCGUCAGAUGUGGCAGUAAUUCCUACGGAUACUCCCUUAAAGGAAGAUAAUGAAGGAUUUGUGAAGGCUGCAGAUACACCAAAUAAGUCAGAGAUAAGCAAGCAUAUUGAAGUACAGGUAGCUCAAGAAACUAGAAAUGUAUCGACAGGUUCUGCUGAAAAUGAAGAGAAGUCAGAAGUUCAAGCAAUCAUUGAAUCCACUCCUGAGUUGGAUAUGGACAAAGAUCUCAGUGGAUAUAAAGGCUCAAGCACUCCCACCAAAGGCAUAGAGAACAAAGCUUUUGAUCGCAAUACAGAAUCUCUCUUUGAAGAACUGUCUUCAGCUGGCUCAGGCCUAAUUGGAGAUGUGGAUGAAGGAGCGGAUUUACUAGGAAUGGGUCGUGAAGUUGAGAAUCUUAUAUUAGAAAAUACACAACUGUUGGAAACCAAAAAUGCUCUGAAUGUAGUGAAGAAUGAUUUGAUAGCAAAGGUGGAUGAGCUGACCUGUGAGAAAGAUGUGCUACAAGGGGAGCUGGAGGCUGUGAAACAGGCCAAACUGAAGCUGGAGGAAAAGAACAAGGAGCUGGAGGAAGAGCUUAGGAAAGCUCGCGCAGAAGCUGAAGAUGCACGACAAAAAGCAAAAGACGAUGAUGAUAGUGAUAUUCCCACAGCCCAGAGGAAGCGGUUUACUAGAGUAGAAAUGGCCCGUGUUCUAAUGGAGAGAAACCAGUAUAAAGAGAGAUUGAUGGAGCUUCAGGAAGCUGUUCGAUGGACAGAGAUGAUUCGUGCAUCAAGAGAAAAUCCAGCCAUGCAGGAAAAAAAAAGGUCAAGCAUUUGGCAGUUUUUCAGCCGACUUUUUAGCUCCUCAAGUAAUACUGCUAAGAAACCUGAACCACCUGUUAAUUUGAAGUACAAUGCACCCACCUCUCAUGUUACUCCUUCUGUCAAGAAAAGAAGCAGCACCUUAUCUCAGCUCCCUGGGGAUAAGUCCAAAGCCUUUGAUUUCCUUAGCGAAGAAACUGAAGCUAGUUUAGCCUCACGCAGAGAACAGAAGAGAGAACAGUAUCGCCAGGUGAAGGCACAUGUCCAGAAGGAAGAUGGUAGAGUGCAGGCUUUUGGCUGGAGUCUGCCUCAAAAGUACAAACAGGUAACCAAUGGCCAAGGGGAAAAUAAGAUGAAAAAUCUACCUGUGCCUGUCUAUCUCAGACCCCUAGAUGAAAAAGAUACAUCCAUGAAGCUGUGGUGUGCUGUUGGAGUCAACUUAUCAGGUGGGAAGACCAGAGAUGGUGGUUCUGUUGUUGGAGCAAGUGUCUUUUACAAAGAUGUUGCUGGUUUGGAUACAGAAGGCAGUAAACAGCGAAGUGCAUCACAGAGUAGUUUAGACAAGUUAGACCAGGAACUUAAGGAACAACAGAAGGAGUUAAAAAAUCAAGAAGAAUUAUCCAGUCUAGUCUGGAUCUGUACCAGCACUCAUUCAGCUACAAAAGUAAUCAUUAUUGAUGCUAUUCAACCAGGCAACAUCCUAGACAGUUUUACUGUGUGUAACUCUCAUGUUCUCUGUAUAGCCAGUGUACCAGGAGCCAGAGAAACAGACUACCCUGCGGGAGAGGAGCUUUCAGAAUCUGGACAGGUAGACAAAGCGUCUCUGUGUGGCAGCGUGACCAGCAACAGCUCAGCAGAGACAGACAGCCUGUUGGGGGGCAUCACCGUAGUUGGUUGUUCUACAGAAGGUGUGACAGCAGCCGCCACUUCCCCUAGUACCAAUGGUGCUUCUCCAGUGAUGGAAAAACCACCAGAAAAGGAAGCAGAAAAUAGUGAGGUUGAUGAGAAUGUUCCAACGGCAGAAGAAGCUACGGAGGCCACAGAAGGCAAUGCAGGGACAGCUGAAGACACCGCGGACGCCUCCCAGCCCGGCGUCUACACAGAGCAUGUCUUCACAGACCCCCUGGGGGUUCAAAUCCCAGAGGACCUCUCGCCUGUGUAUCAGUCAAGUAAUGACUCAGAUGCGUAUAAAGAUCAGAUGUCAGUAUUGCCAAAUGAACAAGACCUGGUAAGAGAAGAAGCCCAGAAAAUGAGUAGCCUUUUACCAACUAUGUGGCUUGGAGCUCAGAACGGCUGUCUGUAUGUGCACUCUUCUGUAGCCCAGUGGAGAGGAUGCCUCCAUUCCAUUAAACUUAAAGAUUCGAUUCUCAGUAUUGUACAUGUGAAAGGGAUUGUGUUAGUGGCCCUGGCUGACGGCACCCUCGCAAUCUUUCACAGAGGAGCUGAUGGGCAGUGGGAUUUGUCAAACUACCACCUGUUGGACCUUGGACGGCCUCACCAUUCUAUUCGGUGCAUGACUGUGGUCCAUGACAAAGUCUGGUGUGGCUACAGGAACAAAAUCUAUGUGGUUCAGCCAAAGGCUAUGAAAAUAGAGAAAUCAUUUGACGCGCACCCCAGGAAGGAGAGCCAGGUGCGGCAGCUUGCGUGGGUGGGGGACGGAGUGUGGGUCUCCAUUCGUUUGGAUUCCACGCUCCGUCUCUAUCAUGCACAUACUUAUCAACACCUACAGGAUGUGGACAUUGAGCCUUAUGUAAGCAAAAUGUUAGGUACUGGAAAACUGGGCUUCUCGUUUGUGAGGAUCACAGCUCUUAUGGUGUCUUGCAAUCGUUUGUGGGUGGGGACAGGAAAUGGUGUCAUUAUCUCCAUCCCAUUGACAGAAACCGUAAUCCUCCACCAGGGACGCUUACUGGGGCUGAGGGCAAAUAAAACCUCAGGAGCACCAGGAAAUCGUCCUGGAAGUGUAAUCCGCGUAUAUGGUGAUGAAAACAGCGAUAAAGUGACUCCAGGGACAUUUAUACCCUAUUGUUCAAUGGCACAUGCCCAGCUUUGCUUCCACGGGCACCGGGACGCAGUGAAAUUCUUUGUGGCAGUCCCAGGUCAAGUCGUCAGUCCACAAAGUGGCAGUGGUGGCACAGAUCUAACAGGUGACAGAGCAGGGCCAUCUGCACAGGAGCCUGGCAGCCAGACGCCCUUGAAGUCUAUGCUCGUCAUCAGCGGAGGAGAGGGCUACAUUGACUUCCGAAUGGGUGAUGAAGGUGGAGAAUCAGAACUUCUUGGAGAGGAUCUUCCACUUGAACCUUCUGUCGCCAAAGCAGAAAGGAGUCACCUGAUAGUGUGGCAAGUGCUGUAUGGCAAUGAGUGA